AUGAGAGAGCCAGAAGAACUUGUCCCUGAAUCAGGUGCUGUUUUCACAUUUGGAAGAAGCAAAUUUGCAGAAGAUAUUCCUAGCAAGUUCUGGUUCAAAAAUGAUAAGCCUGUACAUAUAUCAUGUGGAGAUGAACAUACUGCUAUUGUUACAGGGAAUGGUAAACUAUACAUGUUCGGCAGUAACAACUGGGGCCAAUUAGGACUAGGAUCAAAGAACACUGUCAGCAAACCAACAUGUGUUAAAGCUUUAAAACCAGAAAAAACAAAACUUGCUGUUUGUGGAAGAAACCACACUUUAGUUUACACAGAAAAAGGAAAUGUGUAUGCUGCUGGAGGUAACAGUGAAGGUCAGUUGGGAUUAGGUGACACAGAGGAAAGGACCACAUUUCAUUUAAUUAGUUUUUUUACCAACCAGCACAAGAUCAAACAGCUAGCAGCUGGAUCAUACACCUCAGCAGCAGUAACUGAGGAUGGGCAGCUUUUUGUGUGGGGUGACAAUUCGGAAGGUCAGAUUGGCUUGGCUGAUGAAGCCUGUGUCAGUGUCCCUUGUCAAGUGGAUGUUGGAAAACCUGUUUCCUCUGUAUCCUGUGGAUAUUAUCACUCUGCCUUGAUAACAGGCGAUGGUGAGCUCUAUACUUUUGGAGAACCUGAGAAUGGGAAACUGGGAUUACUGCCUGAACAGCUGAAGAACAAUAGAGUCCCACAGCCUGUACUGGGAAUUAUGGAAAAGGUUAAUAAGGUUGCUUGUGGUGGAGAGCACACAGUGGUGCUGACAGAGACAGAUGUAUAUACUUUUGGACUUGGACAAUAUGGGCAGCUGGGACAUGGUACUUUUAUUUUUGAAACUUCAGUACCAAAGUCUGUGAAACACUUGAGGAGGCAUAAAAUAUGUAACAUUACAUGUGGGGAAAAUCAUACUGCUGUAAUUGCAGAGAAUGGCCUCAUGUUUACUUUUGGAGAUGGGCGACACGGCAAGUUAGGACUUGGAGAAGAGAAUUUUACAAAUCAGUUUGAUCCCACUCUGUGUUACAAUUUCUUGAGGUUCACAGUCCUUUUGGUUGCUUGUGGUGGUUGUCACAUGCUAGUUUUUGCGGCUCCAAGACCUAAAGGAUCUGAAGAAAUACUCUUAGAUGAUUUAUAUGAGAGCCGUUUGACUGCUACUAUCUCUAAAAUGAGUGGAGACUCACUACUAACAAACACCUUACAACUGACAUCAGCACGAAUGCGACGUCGAGAGAGGGAAAAGUCACCAGAGCAGUUUAUUCGAAUGGCACAAACUCUGCCUCCACUGGGAGAAAGCUUCUUGAAAUCUUCAUUGCCUGUGACUAGUAACACUAGCCCACUCUUAUUUUCUGCAACAAGUCUUCCUAAAGCUGAACCUGUGAAGGAUAGAGACCAUGACAAAGAAAAGAAUCAUCAAAAAGAUAAACCUGGUGAAGGCUCUGGAGAAGAAGAUUCAGAUAAUGAAAAUAAUGACAGAAACCUUGGAGAUACAACUGACAUCCUAAAUAUGACACAUGCAAUGAAAUUGAAUCCCAGUGACCAGUCCUUAAAAUUAUCACCACUCCAAAAGCAAAAGAAGAACAAUAAAAAUGUGAAACUGAAAAGAGAUGGUAAGGGUGGGCUGAAAAACAAGGAUUCUGGUUUCAUGAAGAUGGGUGCAAAAUUAGAUUCUGGCUCUUUACAAAAGCAGUCUCCACUUUCAGAAUCACCAGGACAAGAUUUAGAAAAAAGUAGUGCCUUUGUAGGGAAGUCUGUGGCCAAAAAAAAUACAAUGAAAGAAAAAGAAGACAGUGAGAUUGAGGAGAUGCAAGCUACAAACAACGAGAAAGAGUAUGUAGAAGAGACUGAUAUAAAAAGUCUGAAUGAGGAAGAAACAAACUCUGAAGCUAAAUCUGAUGAAGACAAGCAGUUAGAAAUUAAGAACGAGGAGAAAUCUAAUCAAGAGCAGGAGAGUGAAGGCAGUGAAGAGGGUGAAAGUGAAAAAGAAAAACUAGAUGAAACAGUUGACGGUGAUGGUGAACUAGGGGAGGAAGAAGAAGAGAGUGAGGAAGACAUUGAAAAAGAAAAGGAGGAACAGGUUAAAAGUGAGGGAAGAGAUGAGAGUGAGGAAGGAGGUGAAGAUAGAGACGGGGAGGAAGAAGAAGAGGUAGAGGCAGAAGAGGAAGGAGAAGAUGAAAAGGAAAAUGAAGAAGAAAACAAAGAAAGGGAGAAUGAAAAAGACAAGGAGGGUGAAGAGGAGUUAGAAGAAUCAUUGGCAAGGAGGGAAGAAGAAGAGGUAUCCGAAGAAGAAUGGGAAGAGGAAGAUGCAAAUAGGAGGACUAAGGAGUUGGGGGAGGAUGGAGUGGAAGAAGAAGGAGAAGAGGGGGAAGAUGAAGUGGAAGAGGAAAGAGAAGAUGAGGAGGAGGAAGAGGAACGAGCAGAGGCUGAAGCAAAAGGGGAGGAGGGGGAAGAAGGUGAAAACAAGGAGGAAGAGGAGUGGGAAAAUGAAGAAGAGGAAGAAGAUGAAGAAGAGGGAGAAGGGGUGGAAGAAGAUGAGGGAGAAAGGGAGGAAAGAGAAGAGGGAGAAGAGGGAAUGGAAGAAGGAGAGGGAGAAGAGGGAAUGGAAGAAGGAGAGGGAGAAGAGGGACUGGAAGAAGGAGAAGAGGGAGUGGAGAAAGAAGAGGGAGAGGAGGAAGAGGGAGAGGAGGAAGAGGGAGGGGAGGAAGAAGAGGAAGAGGGAGGGGAGGAAGAAGAAGGGGAAGAGGGAGAAGAAGAAAAAGAGGAAGAGGGAGAAGAGGAACAAGAAGGGGAAGAGGGAGAGGGGGAAGAAGGCGAAGAGGAGGAAGGGGAUGUGGGAGAGGAGGAAGAAGAGGAUGAGGGAGAGGAGGAAGAAGAGGAUGAGGGAGAGGAGGAAGAAGAGGAUGAGGGAGAGGAGGAAGAAGGAGAGGAAGAGAAAAUGAAGUCCAAACAGCAUGUAGUAAAUGGUUUACAUAAUUCAGAACAGUUUUGGAACAAUGUGCUACCUCAUUAUUUAACACUAAAGUAG